UCUAUAUCACACAUUCAUGCAAAUUAAUCCCAUAAUAACUUGGUAUAGAGUAGUACUCUCAUUUUCUGAGACAGAAUCAUAGCCAUGUAUCCCUCUAUGAGGAGUAGUGUUACUGCUACUAUUUCCCUUUGUUUCCUUUCACUAUUUUCCCUCUCAGCCUUUGCACGACCAGCCACUUUUCUUCAGGACUUCCAAGUCACAUGGUCAGAUUCUCAUAUCAGGCAAAUCGAUGGAGGGAGGGCCAUCCAACUCGUUCUUGACCAAAACUCUGGUUGUGGCUUUUCCUCCAAACACAAGUACUUGUUUGGCCGUGUGAGCAUGAAGAUCAAGCUCAUUCCCGGUGACUCUGCCGGAACUGUCACCGCUUUCUAUAUGAACUCGGACACAGAUACAGUACGUGAUGAGCUUGAUUUUGAGUUCUUGGGGAACAGGACUGGACAGCCUUACACAGUCCAGACCAAUAUCUAUGCUCAUGGACAGGGUAACAGGGAGCAAAGGGUGAACCUCUGGUUUGACCCUGCUGCAGAUUUCCACACUUACACAAUUCUCUGGAACCAUCACCAUAUUGUCUUCUAUGUAGAUGAUGUGCCUAUCAGGCUGUACAAGAACAAUGAAGCUAAAGGAAUCCCAUACCCAAAGCUCCAACCCAUGGGGGUGUUCUCAACAUUGUGGGAAGCUGAUGAUUGGGCAACAAGAGGAGGGCUUGAGAAGAUAAACUGGAGCAAAGCCCCGUUCUUUGCUUAUUACAAGGACUUUGAUAUCGAAGGAUGCUCUGUGCCAGGACCAGCUAAUUGUGCCUCAAGCACUAAUAACUGGUGGGAAGGCACUGCUUACCAAGCACUCAAUGCCCUUGAAUAUAGAAGAUACAAGUGGGUUCGUAUGAACCACAUGAUCUACGAUUACUGCUCCGACAGAUCCCGGUACCCAAAACCCCCACCCGAGUGUGUCGCCGGCCUCUAAAUUGCGGCCAGUUACCUAUUAUCAACCUAUUCAUACUGAUUCUGGGUGAAGAGGUCCAGAAUAUUACAUGUUGUCAUACAAGGCCAAAAAUUUCCGAUGUGGGCCUCUUCUAUGAGAAGAACAUAUGCGUGAAUUAAAAAGUCGAUGCUUAAGCGACGUAAGGCGUCCUUUUACUCUAGUAAGCAAUAAGAGCCAUGCAUAGUAAAAGGGUGUAUAGGGGAAUAUGGAAAUUGUUGUUGCGUGUAUAUGUGGAUGAAGAAGGCCCAAUGAGGCAAUAAGUCUGUUUUACAAGUGAGCAAAUGUCAAUUCCUACUUGUGUCUGUAUCCAGCUCCCAUUAUUGUACCAAUAAAGCUCUCCUGCGUUAUUGUGAAAAGGAUAUACUUUUGAACUCUA